GGAAUUCGAUAUUUUUAGAAUAAGCUGACAUGGAACUCACAGAUGAUAAUUUGCUCACGCUCAGCGAAUAUCUAAAGCAUACACUUAGCCCAGAUAUAAAUGUCAGACGACCAGCCGAGAAGUUUUUAGAAUCUGUUGAAGUGAAUCAAAACUAUCCGUUGCUUCUGUUGCACCUGGUGGACAAGUCUGAAAUCAAUAUAACGAUUAGAAUCGCCGGUGCAGUUGCAUUUAAAAAUUAUGUCAAACGCAAUUGGAAAGUGGAAGAAGAUUCCGUGGAUCGUAUACACACGCAAGAUAGAGAAGCUAUAAAAAAGUUGAUCAUUAAUUUGAUGUUGCAUUCCCCCGAUUCUAUCCAGAAACAGCUAUCCGAUGCUGUAUCAAUUAUUGGCAAAUACGAUUUUCCAAAUAAAUGGCCAGAGCUUAUAGACCAAAUGGUCGAGAAAUUCAAUACCGGGGAUUUUCAUGUUAUCAACGGCGUUUUACAUACUGCACAUUCUUUAUUCAAGAGAUAUAGAUACGAGUUUAAAAGUGAGAUUCUAUGGACGGAAAUAAAAUUUGUGCUAGAUCAAUUUGCCAAGCCUUUAACGGAUCUCUUUGUCGCUACUAUGAAUUUAACGGAAGUACAUGCGCACAAUGUAGAUGCAUUGAAAGUUGUGUACAGUUCACUGGUUAUACUUUGUAAAGUUUUCUAUUCUCUUAACUUUCAAGACUUACCGGAAUUUUUUGAGGACAAUAUGGAUGUUUGGAUGAAGAAUUUGCACACAUUGUUAAACACAAAUGUUCCUUUUCUACAAUCUAUAGACAAUGAAGAAGCGGGAGUUAUUGAACAAUUAAAGUCACAAGUCUGUGAUAAUAUUGGUCUUUACGCUCAGAAAUAUGACGAGGAGUUCCAAUCGUAUCUGUCGCUGUUUGUAACUGCUGUGUGGAAUUUGUUAACAUCUACCGGACAACAACCGAAAUAUGAUUCUUUAGUUUCGAAUGCUUUACAAUUCUUAGUAACAGUGGCAGAUCGUGUACAAUACAGGCAUCUAUUUGAUAACCCGACUACUUUAAGUAGUAUUUGCGAGAAAGUGAUAAUACCCAAUAUGGAAUUUAGAGAAUCGGAUAACGAGUUAUUCGAAGACAAUCCUGAAGAGUACAUCAGACGUGAUAUCGAAGGCAGCGAUGUGGACACAAGGAGACGCGCUGCCUGUGACUUGGUUAAAGUACUUUCAAAGUCUUUCGAAGCAAAAAUAAUGGAAAUUUUUGGCGCGUACAUACAGGUAAUGUUACAAAAUUACGAAGAUAAACCUACCGAAAAUUGGCGAAGUAAAGAUGCUGCAAUUUAUUUAGUAACUAGUAGUGCGAGCAAAGCUCAAACGCAAAAACACGGCGUCACACAGACCAGCGAACUAGUCCCGUUGCCACAAUUUGCGAUGCAACAUAUCGAACCCGAAUUGGUCAAACCGAAUGUAAACGAGUUCCCAGUACUUAAAGCAGAUGCAAUCAAAUUUAUUAUGACCUUCAGAUCAAUAUUACCAAGGGAAAUGAUAGUUGGAAGUUUACCACAAUUAAUUAGGCACCUGGGCGCUACGAAUAUUGUCGUUCAUACGUACGCUGCAUGUGCGAUUGAAAAAAUACUAGCGAUCAAGGGGCCAGAUAAUUUUCCUAUAGUCAAAGGAAACGAUUUAUCGCCACUGGCACCGAAUUUACUAAAGAGUUUAUUCGCGUGUUUGAACAUACCUGGUUCAGAAGAGAACGAAUACGUGAUGAAAGCUAUUAUGAGAAGCUUUGGUACUUUGCAAGAGGUUGUCGUACCAUUUUUAGCAGACCUUCUGCCGAAGCUCACAGAAAAACUAGCCGUCGUAUCCCGAAAUCCUAGUCGUCCAAAUUUCAAUCAUUAUCUCUUCGAAAUUUUUGGCCUGUCGAUCAAGAUUGUUUGUAAAACGAAUCCAGUGGCAGUCGCGUCUUUCGAGGAAGCAUUGUUCCCGAUUUUCCAGGGGAUUUUGCAGCAAGAUGUUUUAGAGUUUAUGCCGUAUGUUUUUCAAAUUCUUGCUCUGCUUUUGGAGUUACGAACGACCCAGGACGUACCGGAACCGUAUUUAGUAUUGUUUCCAUGUCUUCUAUCGUCCGUGCUGUUCGAACGUCCAGCCAACAUUCACCCGUUAAAUCGAUUAUUGAGAGCGUUUAUUAGUCACGGUGCACGUCACAUCGUAGCGCAAGAAAAGAUAAGUGGUCUGUUAGGAGUAUUUCAGAAACUGAUCGCUUCGAAAGUCAAUGAUCACGAAGGUUUCCUGUUGUUGCAAAGUAUCAUUGAACAUUUUGCACCGAAUGUAUUGGAGCCAUAUAUGAAACAAAUUUUUGUACUGUUUUUUCAAAGACUCUCAUCAUCGAAGACGACAAAGUUUGUAAAGGGUUUGAUCGUAUUUUUUGCGUACUAUAUUAUUAGAUACGGUUCAACUAGUCUGGUUACAAUCAUCGAUCAAAUACAACCUCAAAUGUUCGGUAUGGUCAUGGAACGUGUAUUAAUAGCAGAUUUGCAAAAGGUAUCGGGCGACAUUGAGAAAAAAGUAACCGCAAUCGGGAUUUCAAAUUUAUUGAUCGAUUGCCCAGCAAUGUUAGAAAGUCCGUACAACUCAUAUUAUCCGCGUUUAUUAGCAACAUUAAUUGAAUUCUUCGAACUCCCGCAAGAUCAGAGCACCGUACCGGAAGACAAUAUAUUCCCAGAGAUUGAUGAUACGCCCGGAUACCAAGUAGGAUAUAGUCAAUUGAUCUAUGCAAAAAAUGCUCCGAAGGAUCCAUUAGAAGGUAAGGCCGCAACUAUUGGUGACGUGCGUUUACAUUUGGCGCAAGGACUAGGAAGAUUGUCACCAGGACAGUUGCCUAACCUUCUUGGUCAAAUCCCGGAGCCCAACGCGAACCACCUAAGAAACUACCUCCAAACGGCUGGCAUUACUGUUGCAUAAUACGAGCUAGACAUUCGAGAUAGAUUAAAAAUUCACCUAAUUGCUCGGAAGAUAAAUAAUAUUGAACUGAAUAAACUGUAAACAAAGAGGCGAAAAAUGUUCAUUUUAGCGAUAUUUAUAUUACAAACGCCGUGAAGACUGAAUAUCGUAUCGCUUGCCUAUCAUAUAACUUUGAAUAUUUCAACAAAUAUUUAUCAUUUUUAUAUGAUACUGUUUGGAGUCUGUGACUCCGAUAAAACGUGAGAGCUAAAUGUGAUAACACAAAAAGCAUUUAAACGACCGGUCGCGACGUCUUAUAUGUACAUGAAACAUUCCCGAGGAAUUUAAAUAAAUUUAGAAUUUUUACAAUAACAAAUACGAGACACCGCGCCUCUUUAUAUUAGCUGGUUUUUUAAUUUAACGAAUAUGUGA